AUGUUCACUCCGUUCUCUGCGCCGCCCACGCCGCGCGAGCGGCCGCUCGCCUGCGAGGUUGCUCGUAUCGAUAUCUUACACAUCUCCAAGAUAGACCAGAUCGAGCACGCCUUCAGCGCACGCCUGUUCAUCCAGCUCAUCCUCCGAGGUGGACAGCACGACGCUGCUCUCCUCGAAGGCUUCAACGAGCCCGCGCCCGAGUUUUCGCUACGGCCGAGCGCCACCUGGCUCCUGCACCAGUUCCACUUUCCGAAUGCGCUCAGGCUCGAGUUCGCCGAGCGGAAGGUGACCAAGAUGGGCGCCGACGACCUGCACAUGAUCCUCCGCGUGGACGGCACCUUCCUCCAGCACUUCCAGCUGCAUGACUUCCCAUACGACUCGCAGACGCUGCAGGUCCACCUCUCCUCCCACUGCGCCAACGAGGGCGUCGCGCCCGUCCGCUUCAAGUGGUCCCCGUUCACCGUCAAGCUGCAGCGGCCGACGCACUUCGCGCUCAAGGAUGUCUGGGAGCUGGACAAGCCGGUGCGGCUCGACCUCGAGACGCUCAGCCCGUCGCCCGGCCGGACGUACCCGGUCCUCAAGGCUUGCGUCGAGGUGACGCGCAAGCCGACCUACCACCUCGUCAACGUGGUCUUCCCGAUGGCGUGCUUCGUGCUGAUGGGCUGCUGCCAGUUUGCGCACGAGGCGCCGCUGCCCUGGCGCCGCUACCGCUGCCCUGGCGCCGCUACCGCUGCCCUGGCACCGCUACCGCCGCCCUGGCACCGCUACCGCCGCUUUGGCACCGCUACCGCCGCCCUGGCACCGCUGCCGCUGCCGCUGCCGCCGCCGCCGCCGGGCGCGAUCGUGCUCACCAGCACGGCAUACAAGAUGUCCGUCUCGGGCUCCAUCCCAAUGAUUGCCUACGUGACGCUGCUCGACAAGUACGUGCUCGCCUGCAUCAUGAUUUGCAUCCUCCUCGUCUUCGAGGCGGCGUUCGUGCGCGACGCCUACGCCGACUCGGUCGCGCUCGUCGCCGCGAUCGGCCUCUUCGUCGCCCUGCAGGCCGCCUUCUGCUACCAGGCCUAUUACGCGGUUCCCCACCGUGCGGAGAAGCGGCGGCGCGGGUCUCCCAUGGCAGGGCCGCGACCGGCACGCCGACAGUCCGCGGUGUCCCCGCGGAGAGUGGCGCCCGCGGGCAUUCGAGCGGAGGCGCUUCAACGGCUCGGUGGCUUCGUCUCCCUUCGCGGCCGCGGGCUGGUCGACGUCGAGUCCGGAGACAGCGACCCGCCCGGCGAGGACGGGGUCGAUGGGGAGGCGCCGCGCAGCAAGAAGGGGGCGACGGCGGUGGCGCGCGACCGCAGCAUGGGCCACGAUGCCAUGGGAGUAGCGUGCUUGUGA